GAGAGAGAGAAUAUUGAGCAACUUGACAUUUCAGAUACAAUAUAACCAAAUAUAAUUUUCUUUUUUGCUCCAUUAACAGUAAUUCCCAAUCUAACGAAAGCUGGAUAGUGAUGCAUGUUGCCAUGUCAACGCACAGACAGAAUGACAGCCCAAAAUAAGUAUUUACGGUAACGAACUAUUGCUAGAAAUAGACACCGUGAGGCGUACACAGACAUGCGAAGUGACAAAAGCAGUGAAGUAUCCCAGUGAUGUUAUACUAAAUACCAGUCAAAUUCCACUAAAUAACAAAUCAAGCUAUCUGUUCCAUAAUUGUUUCAUGCGAAUGGAAAUUUCUGAUAGAAAAAUUAACUUAGAGAAACCAAAUUUGAGUGAGUGCAUAUAUGAAGUUUGACGGUAACCAACAUGCGCUUAUUUAUAUAGACGUAGGAAAAGUUUGCACGCGCACUUUCUUAGGGAUUGCCGUACUUAACAUAAAUAGAAUGGCAUGCUUAGUUAAUAUACAUUUCUUCACCGAACAUUUUAGUAAUGUAAGUAAAUUUACAGUACAAUGAAAUAUUUGGUAAUGGAAAGAGCCUUGUUGCUCUUUAAUCUGAAAUCAGUUUACUGUUUGAUGGAGAAAAAAACGGGGGGCUCAUAAUUAAUAAACAAAAUAAAUAGGAAUUAUUUUUUUCAAAUGAUCUUUCAAAACGUAGGAGUUUUACACAUGCAAGUAAUUAUAGCUACUGUGAAUGUGUAAUUAUGAAAUAUCAGGAAUUUACACCAAUGUUUACGACAUCUGGCCAUAAUAUAUAAUAUAAAUAAAGGUGGUAUAAAUAACGGUGGAGGCUAGACCUCUCUCGCAUUUCCAGCGCAGUGACGUGGAGAAUAGAGAAGGUGUGUGUGUGUGUGAGUGAGUGAGUGCGCGCGCGCGCACGCUGGCCAUCCUCCAGUCUGCCGAGGAGCAAGGAGAAGACGAGAGCAGCCUAAGUGAACUUAUUUGGGGAUCAUCCACUCUCUACUUGAGAUGUGAUCAACUCGACAAAGGAAGGUGAAAGCUGUGGUGAACAUGGACUCCCUCCUGAAUGGAACCUGGGAGAACACCACUUUAAACGCAUCUCCUCCAUCUCGCACUUCUUUCAACGGACUGAACCUUCUGAUGGAGCUAAAGAUGCUUUUUGUCCCUCUCUAUGCCAUGCUAGUUCUAGUAGCCUGCUGUGGAAACCUUUUCCUCCUUUUCCUCAUCGGACUGAACAAGAAGCUUCACAGCACAACAAACUUCCUGAUUGGAAACUUGGCCCUGGCUGACUUGGUGAUGUGUAUUUUCUGCGUGCCCUUGACUGUAUUUUAUGCCUUCGAUGAGCGUGGCUGGGUUUUUGGGCACUUCAUGUGCCGUUUUGUAACGCUUAUGCAGACCGCGACCGUCUUUGCGGCAGUUCUGUCUCUGACGGCCAUAGCCGUGGACCGCUACAUUGUGGUUGCUUAUCCCAUUCGUCGACGUAUAGGGUGGCAUUUUUGCACUGGCCUGGUGCUAAGCAUAUGGCUCUGUGCCCUGGUAAUGUCCAUCCCUGCUACUCUACACACUGUGUAUUUGGAUCUGAGCGCUGCAGGUCAUCACAUGGCCGUGUGUGAGGAGUUCUGGCAAGAGCAAGAGCUUGGUCGACUCAUCUACUCCUGCUUCUUUCUGCUCCUGUCCUAUUUUGUCCCUCUUGCAGCUGUGUCUAUAUCCUACUGUGCCAUUUCGUGCCACCUCCAGCACCGUGCAACACAAGGACUUAUAGCUGCCAUUCCCUCCAAUCAGGAGAAAUGGGGCCGCAAGAGGCGCAAGACCUUCCGUCUGCUGUUAAUAUCAGUGUUGUGUUUUGCAUUCUCCUGGCUCCCCUUGCAGGUGGUCAACCUCAUCCGUGACCUGGACACUGACUUUGUUAUUUUGAGCAAGAGUCACAUCAACGUGAUCCAGAUCUCAUGCCAUUUGUUAGCCAUGAGCUCUGCAUGCUUUAACCCUUUUAUCUAUGCUUCUCUGCAUGACAAGUUUUUGUCUUAUUUGUGUCGCAACAUGUUCCAGAGGCGCAGACAAUCUCAGGCCCAAAGCAGCUCUACCACCUCCAGUCGCUUACCACGCCAACACACCAGCUCCACCGUGGCUGGUAUUCCUAUGGCUGCAAGCAAGACAAUACAAGAUGAAAUUUAGUCAGUGACGUUAGUAUCAGCCAUCAGCAUUAUGCCUUCUUAGAAUGGUACUGCACUACCAUGUGUAAAGUUACUACCAUGAUUAUGUAAAAGUGUACUGCAUAAGGCACUGUAGGAUGGUGUGUAUAUGUUGUAUAUAUGUAUGCUGUGCAAUUCCCGCUGAACAAAUUCUAAAAAAUAGUAAUAGUAAGCUUAGCUGUCGUGCGUAUGUUAUUAACACUAUUAACAAGUAAUGCUGUGAAUGUUUAAUAACACAUGGGUGUACUUUUUUGUGUUUCAUGUCUUUCAUUUUCUUGGCCAUUUUGGACUGUUAUAAAGCAAACUGUAAAGUGUGUA